CGGACAGCACGGUCCCGGGCGCGGUGGCUCCUGCACUAUGGUCCCUCACUGGGUGCUGCUCGUCCUCCUGCCCUUGGUGCGAGCCGCGGAGCGCUCCGAGAGCCAGGAGGACGAGCGGGGCCUGGCGGCCGCCCUGGACACACCCAACGGCUCGCACUUCUUCUGGAACAACUACACCUUCUCGGACUGGCAGAACUUUGUGGGCCGGCGGCGCUACGGGGCCGAGUCCCAGAACCCGACGGUGAAAGCCUUGCUCAUCGUGGCUUACUCCUUCAUCAUCAUCUUCUCGAUCUUUGGCAACGUCCUGGUCUGUCAUGUCAUCUUCAAGAACCAGCGAAUGCACUCGGCCACCAGCCUCUUCAUCGUCAACCUGGCCGUCGCAGACCUAAUGAUCACGCUGCUCAACACCCCAUUCACUUUGGUCCGCUUUGUGAACAGCACAUGGGUGUUCGGGAAAGGCAUGUGUCACGUCAGCCGCUUCGCCCAGUACUGCUCCCUGCAUGUCUCGGCACUGACGCUGACAGCCAUUGCUGUGGACCGCCACCAGGUCAUUAUGCAUCCGUUAAAACCCCGGAUCUCCAUCACAAAAGGUGUCAUCUGCAUCGCAGUCAUCUGGACCAUGGCUACAUUCUUCUCACUCCCACAUGCUAUCUGCCAGAAACUAUUUACCUUCAAGUACAGUGAGGACGUUGUCCGCUCCCUAUGCCUGCCAGACUUCCCUGAGCCAGCUGACCUCUUCUGGAAGUACCUGGACUUGGCUACCUUCAUCCUGCUUUACAUCCUACCCCUCCUCAUUAUCUCUGUGGCCUACGCGCGUGUGGCCAAAAAGCUGUGGUUGUGCAACACAAUUGGCGACGUGACCACGGAGCAGUACCUGGCCCUGCGGCGCAAGAAGAAGAAGACCAUCAAGAUGCUGAUGUUGGUCGUGGUCCUCUUUGCCCUCUGCUGGUUUCCCCUCAACUGCUACGUCCUCCUUCUCUCCAGCAAGGUCAUCCACACCAGCAACGCCCUCUACUUUGCCUUCCAUUGGUUUGCCAUGAGCAGCACCUGCUACAACCCCUUCAUCUAUUGCUGGCUUAAUGAGAACUUCAGGGUCGAGCUGAAGGCAUUACUAAGCAUGUGCCAGAGGCCGCCCAAGCCUCAGGAGGAACGGCCACCCUCCCCGGUCCCUUCCUUCCGGAUGGCUUGGACAGAGAAGGACAAUGGCUGCAGCAGGGCUCCACUAACCAACAACCUCCUGCCUUCCGCCCAACUCCAGUCUGGGAAGACAGACCUGUCAUCUGUGGAGCCCAUUGUGGUGAUGAGUUAGAGGAGUGUGGGAAGAGGCAGGGGGAGGUCUCUGUUCCUAGGUAAGAUUGAGAAAGGGCCUGAGGACAGAGCCUGGAAAAGGGCCUGUCAACUCAUACAUGACCUUCACCGUGCUGGAAACAAGUUCCUGCAGAAGCCGUGAGACUCUUGAGUUCCUAGGAAACUGCCCAGCCUUUGAUGAAAGCUAAAAGGCCCCUACCAGCUAGACACAAACUUGUGAAUCUCUAAGAAAUGCCGUGAAGCAUAUCACCCUGGUUCCCUGAGCCAGAGAACAGGACAACUUCAGCCCAGACAGGAGCUGAGUCAGUCAGCCACUUCCAACCAUCAGGCAUCUGCCUUAUGAUCCUCCCCACCACCGAGCAUCCAUGAAGGACACUUGAGUCAUAUUUUGGGUGUGGCUGACUGAGAUGCACAGAGCUCUCACCAGUGGAAAGGUUAGUGAGCCAGGGCUGGCACGAAGGUUUUUAUGUCUCGUUUUCUAAAGUCAUUGGACCACGGGGAACUAUAAUUCUGUGGGGGCCUGGUCCGAUAUAUGACAAGAAAGGACCAAUUUGAUUCCUUAAAGAGCAAUUACUGAGUUUCCUUAAACAAAGAGAAAUUAUUAAUAAAACUUUAGAAAAUUUAGAAAAGCACAAAGAAGAAAAUGAAAAUCACCCCCUUCUCCCACCAACUUGUGAUAAGUUUUGUUAACAUUGCUGUGGAUUAUUUGCAACUUUUUACUUUGUGUGUGUGUGUAUGUGCACACGCGCACGUGCGUGCUUUUCAUUCUCAAUUACACUUUUCCAUGUAGAGAUAAGCAAGAAUUGGGGGCAUAGCAGAGAACUUCUGAGCCCCUCUUCCAGGAAUAGUGUCUACUAGAAGAGUUGGAAGAAGCAAUGGGAAAGGAACUCAAGGAGAAGACUCACAGAGCCGACAAACUGCCUUCACCUUAUAGGAGUGGUGGGAAUGGCCUCCUCUCUUGAGAUGGAGGCCAUUGUGAUGAGCCAGGGAACAAAACUCAUCCCAGAGACAUAAUUCCUCCUCUGCUACAAUCACACAGGACAAGAGGUGUUAAAAAACUGCUCCACUUUUACAGAAGAUGAGGGAGCAGGCUUUCCAGCGUGCUGGAAAUCAUUGUGUUGGACACCUCACCAUCCCAGGCUGUCUAGGCAGGCCAUUCAUUCUCUGCAUUCAGUCUGAAUAAUAAGGCUUCUGCACUGUCAGCAUCACCCUGGUGGCUCACACGUCACAGAACCCUGUAGCCUUGUGAUAGUCCUUAAGGCUUCAACAUGCCAGAGAAAUCUCAUUCCAGAGACUGUGUUUUUAUCACCUUCCAUCUGGUCCUGAGUGACUUACUGUGUCACCCAGGAGAAAGACACAUUAGGUAGAACAGAGCUUAAUUCACCAGCAGUAAACAAUUGCUACUCUCGCUCUGGUUUUAAGUUUCUUUCUAGCACCAGAUAGAUUCUGAAAGCAAAGCAUGGAUGUGGAGCUGAGUGGGAAACUGAAGUUCGGAGAGAAGGGGCUUGUCCAAAGUUCACUUAGAUCUCUUGGCUGUUAAAUGAAACUGAACUUGGUCAUAUCAUUUGCUUCCCUAUAAUGAACCAUGGGACAUUAUACUAUUCUCCCUAUUUAUGAGGAUGUUUGAAGUUUUUCAAGUUGUAAAGUUUGAAAAUCAUCUUCUGAACAGUGAGUGGGUAAAAAAGUGACUUCCAUGGGCCAGAGAGAGCCUUCUGAGCCCAUAGGGAUCUCCAGAUGGAUUUUUCCAGCCAAGUGUGUGCCUGUUGUCUCUGUGGUAUGGAGAAGUAGCUAGCGGUUUCAUCUUAAGGCUGCUGUAGAAAUUCUGUCAACCAGAAAGGAAACAGGUAGAAGGCUACAAAAACUCUGUUCUGCUCUAGAAUCAUGGAGAAAGCUUUACUUUGCCCCUCUGUGAGGGCAUCUAGAAAGACCGUUGAGUUAAAGAGAAGGUUCUUCUUUGAGGAGGGCUGCCUGAUGGCCCAUUAGUUCUGUGCCUCCCACUAGUCCCUUGUCUGUCCUCCUCCCCGUGUUCCCAGCGUGCCUCAGAGCAAACAUGGAUUUGUAUUUGUGAAUGUGAAAUUUGUAAAACUUGAGUCUUUCCAAUGUGCUGUGAUGAGUACUUCAUUGUACAUCGCUCCAGUCUCAAUAAAAUAAUUUUAGAUGUGUG